GUUUGUAAACUCUUCUCUAACACAUAUGUUUCCAAACAUUUAAGCGAAAAUUUUUACGUAAUUUGCCGAUAUUGGGAUCGAAAUUUUGGCCAUUUUCUUUGAAUUGCCGUGGUUUGUGUUGAUUAGAUUGUAAUGGGUAACACAUAUGCUCGAGCCGUCCAUCCUGAUGUUACGCCCGGACCAGAUUGUGUGCCCACCUUCGAUCCCUUGUUGGGUGCACCUAAUCGCAAAGAGCGUGUUAUGAAAGCAACUACUGAGGAAAUGAUUUCUGCGAAGCUGCCUCUAGCCGAUCGCGACUAUUGUGCUGAUAAAUUGCUGAAAUAUCGUGCCUGUCGUGCCGACGUCUUUCCAUUCCUCUACAAGUGUCACCAUGAGAAACAUGAAUACAUGACUUGCGAAUUCGAGGACUAUGUUUUGCGCAUGAAGGAGUUUGAGAGAGAGCGAAGAUUGCUGGAACGUCAGAAGCGAUUGGAUGCUGCAGCUUAAAGACCCAACGUCAUGGGCAUUGGCUUCCUUGUCUGGGCAUAUUGUUAAUACAUUUUAAAUUGAAUUUUCAAAUCAACCAAUAAAUUAAUAUUAGCUGUGAAUGCGGUAAAUAAA